AUGGGUUUUGACGGCACCGAAGACACGCUUUUCGACCACGAUUUCAUCAGCAUUCCCGAAGACGAGUUGUCUUAUAAGCCAAGCCCACUCAAGUCUCCCCUCCGCCGAUGCCUCUCGUCGUUCUCCGCCCUGUCUGCCCCCCUCACCCACACCCUCCACCACCUACCGCGGUCCAUCACCAACUUCUCGCUCUCGCCCUCGUCGCCGCCCUUCUCGCCCCCGCCCUUCGCCUCGCCGCCUACCAGCACCCCCGCUCGCACCCCGAAGCCUCCCCGGUCCUUGACCACCGCCGACUUCCUCCCCCUGCGCAUGCUCGGCCGCGGGGGGCACGGAACCGUGUACCUUGUCCAGGACACCGUCUCCGAAAAGCGCCUCGCGAUGAAGGUCAUCGCGAAGAAUGGGCUCCCGCUGCGCGACUACCCCGCGAUCUUCUGCGAGCAAGCCCUCGGGCGCGCGUUCGCCACGCAAGGCUCGGGGGCUCCCGGGGCCCGCGGUGGGGACCACACCUUCGCGCCGCUGCGGGGCAGCUUCGAGGACACGGACAACUUCUACCUGCUCACGGACUACUACCCGCGCGGGGACCUGAUGCAGUGGCUCAAGCGGCACGGGACCGCACCCGCGGCGCGGGCGCGGGCGUGGUGCGCGGAGCUGCUCGUCGCGCUCGAGCGGCUGCACGCGCGGCGCGUCGUCCACCGGGACGUGAAGCCGGACAACGUCAUGCUCGCGGACGACGGCCGGCUCGUGCUCGCGGACUUUGGGAUCGCGCGGGACUUCGCGGCGCAAGAAACGGGCGCGGCGUGGAGCGGCGUCGCUGCGUGGGACGGGCGGCGGAUGGGCGGGGAGGCAGAGGAGGGAGGCGGGAGGGAGGUUUCGCACGCGUUGGUCGGGACCCCGGGGUACAUCGCGCCGGAGGUCUACUCGGGGUGCUACUCGUAUGCGGUGGACGUGUGGGGGGCGGGGGUGGUCUUGUAUUGCAUGCUGACGGGGAAGCUGCCUUUCGGAUUGCUCCCGAAGACCCAGGGGUUGGCAGAGAUAAUCGAUAGGACGGAUUGUUGGCCUGCGACAUUUGGCCUCGACGAUGUUGACCCGAAGGCUCGAGAUCUACUGACGAAGAUGCUGGAGAAAAACCCGACGAAGCGGCCGAGCAUUCGCAAGUUGAAGAAGCAUCCGUGGUUUCGUGGAGUGGAUUGGAAAGCCCUGGAAGCGGGGAUACCGACGUCGCCAGAAAGACCCACCCAUGGGCUGGAAGUGCUUGUCACUGACGAGGUGACUCUUGCUUCGCGUCGACCUAAUGCUAGUUUGCUGAAGCCGGCCGUAUAG